AACACUAAACCCACAUGCAAACCCCAAUUCUUUUCAAGACCCAAAUCUGAUAUAAAUCAAAGAGUGAGAGAACAAAAGAGGAGAGAGACCCCACUUUCUAUACCUUCAUUGCACUCAUAAAAACCCACAAAAGCAUCCAUAUUUUUAUGGUCUCUUCAAGACCACACCAUCAAGAAAGACUGUGUGUGAUUUCAGGGGGAAGAAAAAUGGAGAUUGAGUCUGUUAAAUGUGAGUGUUGUGGGUUGAAAGAGGAUUGUACCCAAGAGUAUAUUAGUCAAGUGAAGGACAAAUUUGAAGGGAAAUGGCUUUGUGGGUUGUGUUCAGAGGCUGUGAGGGAUGAAGUUAGUAGAGGCAAAAAUAUUAAGACAUUUGGGAUGGAAGAAGCAGUGAAGGCUCACAUGUCAUUUUGUGGUAAAUUCAAAUCAAAUCCUGCAGUGAGAGUCUCUGAUGGCAUGAGGCAGAUGCUCAGGAGGAGAUCAAGUGAUUUGGCUUCUUCUUCUUCUUCUAAGAAAUAUAGCAGAUCAGCAAGCACUAAAUUGUACUGAUCAUCAUCAAUGGAAGAGGAGGAAGGAAAAAAAAACCAGAGAAGAAGAAACAGAGAGGGCUUGUUUGGAAUAAUAAGACUGUAAGACUUUGCCUUGUACAGAGAGGGAUGCUAAUUACUUCAAUAUCUUUUUGUUCUUAAGUCCUUUA